AUGAGUUGGGAUAACUUAUGCAAACCAAAGGCAGAAGGAGGUCUCGACAUCAUCAACCUCGAAAGCUUUAACAAAGCGCUACUCAUGAAGUGGAAGUGGAGGAUUGUUACCGAUAGGGAAGCUAUUUGGAGAUGUGUCUUGAGGCAUAGUUAUACUAAUCCUGAGGCGAAGAUGUUCAUUAACGAUUCAAGUGCGAUCAAUCAUAAUGACUCUAUUUGGUGCAAGUGGGUUGGAAAUCAAACAAUGAAGAAGGCUUUUCCUGAAUCGUAUGCAUCGUUAGUGAAUCACCUCUGCACUGUGGCUGAGGCAGGACAAUGGAUCAACGGUUCUUGGAAUUGGUCGCUGUGUAACAUUGGUUUGACAGGUUCAAAUGAAGCUUCUUAUGUAACUGAAUUCCUAAUGGUUUGGGAAGAGGACAACUCGGUGGAGCAUGAUAUGGUCGAUACGUUUGAGUGGUGGCCGGAGAAAUUUUUCUUUUUUUUUUGUCCAUUCUGCGUACCUCAAGCACUUAGCCAGGAAGAUUCCAAAUUCAAUCUCGAAUGA